CGAACAUUUCAGUACCAAGAUUCUCUGCCUUCCCUGCCAGUACCUCCUCUUCAUGAAUCUUUGAGUAAAUAUCUUGAUGCAGGUAUAAGUCCAUUAUAGGGUUACCAGUAGCAAGGCAAACAAGAAAUAAACUAAUGGUAGUGUCCAGCAGCCUCAAAAAUUACUUGGACCUCAUUGUAUAGGCACUGAAUCACCAGAAACACACCUCACACACAACCCUCCAUUCUGUUUCCCACUGACUUAACAAUCUAAGUAUAAAUAUAACAGAAAAUACAUUAUAUGCCAGUGAAGCCAUUUCUAAAUCAAGAAGAAUAUCAAAGAACCGAGGAUAUAGUUAAAAAAUUUGAAAAUGGCAUUGGAAAAGAGUUGCAUCAGAAAUUACUGGAAAGAGCUAAAAUGAGAAGGAAUUGGCUGGAGGACUGGUGGCUGAAUGUGGCUUAUCUUGAUCUUCGCAUCUCAACACAAAUACACUGUAACAUGGGAGGCCCUGGUCCCUAUAUUGAACACUGUUGGCCACCAAAAGAGGGCACUCAGAUAGACAGAGCCUGUGUAAAUAUAUGGCACACCCUGAAAUACUGGGAUCUAUUACGAACAGAGAAGGUUGCCAUAGAGAGAUCUGGGAAUACUGUUCUGGACAUGAACCAAUUUCGAAUGCUCUUCUGCACUUGCAAAAUUCCUGGACUUACCAGAGACUCUCUCAGCAGUUAUUUUAAAACUGAGGCUGAAGGUGAAUGUCCAUCUCACUUGAUAGUCCUGUGUCGAGGUCGGAUAUUUGCAUUUGAUGCUGUGCAUGAAGGCAACAUGCUGACUCCUCCAGAGAUUUUCAGGCAACUUACGUAUAUACAGAAGAGAUGCUAUAGUGAACCAGAUGGACCAGGGCUGGCAGCCCUAACAAGCAAUGAAAGGACAAAAUGGGCAGAGUUACGGGAAUAUUUGAUUCAUCUUGAUCCAAAGAACUUAACUCUUCUGGAAAAAAUUCAGAGAAGUUUGUUUGUGGUUGGCCUUGAUGAUUCUAGUCCCCAUGCAACUCCUGAGGACUACACAGAGCUUACAAGGCUGGGGCUAACAGGUGAUCCGACUGUGCGCUGGGGAGAUAAAUCCUACAACAGCAUAUUCUUUUCCAAUGGAACCUGUAGUGCAUUCUGUGAUCAUUCUCCUUUUGAUGCCAUGGCUUUAAUUACCAUGUUAUCUUUUGCUGAAAAGAAGAUUAUUGAAAAUGAGGGAAAAUGGAAGGGAUCAGAUAAUGUGAGGGAUAUUCCAUUGCCAGAGGAACUUGUAUUCACAGUGGAUCCAAAAAUAAUAAAUGAAAUUGGAUGUACUAAAGAAAUGUAUUACAAGAAGGUGUCUGACUUGCAGCUGGUGUCUUACGCCUUCACAUCCUUUGGCAAAGCAUUGAUUAGAAAGAGGAAACUUCAUCCUGAUACAUUUGUGCAGCUUGCUCUUCAGCUUGCUUAUUACAAAUGCCAUGGACGUCCGGGCUGCUGUUACGAAACUGCCAUGACCAGACGUUUCUAUCAUGGCCGCACAGAGACCAUAAGGCCAUGUACUGUGGAAGCAGUGGAGUGGUGCAAGUCCAUGCUGGAUCCUUCUGACAGUAAUUAUCAACGGCUACAACUAAUGCAUAAGGCAUUUGCAAAGCACAACAAAAUGAGGAAGGAAUGUGAAAAUGGAAAAGGCUUCGAUCGUCAUCUUCUGGGUCUCCUGCUCAUAGCACAGGAGCAAGGGCUGCCAGUGCCAGAACUGUAUGGGGAUAAGGCCUUCACAGCCAGUGGAGGAGGUGGGAAUUUUGUCCUUUCAACUAGUCUGACUGGCUACACUAGGUUUAGUGGAUCUGCACUUCCUAUGGUACAACAUGGCUAUGGCUUUUUUUAUUCAAUUAGAGAUGACAGGAUUGUUACUUCCUGUUCUUGUUGGAAAUCCUGUCCAGAGACUGAUGCAGAAGUGCUGUGCAGAACUCUGUUCCAGUGUUUUCAUGACAUCCUGCAGUUAACAGUUACAGCUCAGCUGUAAGCUUGAUAAUGAUGUAAGAGGUUUUGCAAGCUCACAGGUUGUAUGUAGUGCUUAAAAACAAAAUGCUACUCAAGAGUACUGUUAUAUUCAAGACAUUUAAUGAUCUAUGUGACAUAUAUCUAUUUUUAUGAGAUUUACUGUGGUAACAGUACCCAUUU